UUAGACAAAGCCUGGGCCAAAGCGCAGCGUGAAAUCCCACAACCGAAGCUACAAACAGUUGUUACGGCGAUGUUGAUACUGAGCACUGAUCUCGACAGGGAGGAGGUAUGCGCAUGUGAGACAUAAAACGCGUCGAGAGGCUGAAACGGAAGCAUUGCAGCGACAUGUCUGGCCCUGGAGGCUUCAAAAGGGCGGCUCGCUUCUUGAACACGUCCUUUCAGCUCUGAACAUUCAAAUCCGCUUUUGGUCCCACCAGAAUUCCGCAAAGCCGGGCUGUUAGCCUUUCGUAAGCAACAGCGCCUCGUCCGUAGCACUCGCGACCUCCCGCGCCAACAUAGCAACGUGCUUCAGGACCGCUCGAGAGCGACCGAGUCACUGACACUGGCGUAGAAGGAAUUCCGAAGACUGGCCGACAUGUUCUCCUUCAACACGACGGCGAACCUGCACCACGUCACGCCUCUUCCGUCCGGCACCACAUUCGAAGCGGCCCUAUCAAACCUCCAAAACCAUGACCUCCUCAUAAAGCUCGAUCCGGAGCUCGCGCACUACGAGACUCUGCCCCCCGACGAUGCGGCUCCGAACACCAAGCGGUACAAAGUAACAGACCAUAUGCAUACACUCCCCAAGGGGCUGUGGGAUACCACGGUCACGUUUGAGUCACACAUAACAAACACGGCCGAUGGGGUUGAGUGGGUGAUUAAAGCGCCGUUAGGCCUCGUGCAGCGGACGACGUGGAGACUUACGAGAAGUGAGGAUCUAGGAAAGGGGAAGGAGAAGGUGGGAGAGGACGAGGACAACGAGAAGAGCGAGUGGAGUCUGGUGGAAGACGUUGAGAUCACGGCGUCGCGCUUGCUGGUGGGCACCGUCAAGGGGAAGUGUGAGGAGAAUUGGAGAGGGAUUCAUGGGAAGUUCAUGGGGCACUUGAAGAGUGUCGAGGUGCAAGCUUGAAGCGAGUAGCUGAUGUCAGUGGUAUUCCGCAUACUCGGGCGUUAGAUUUUGGUAGACGUUAGAUAGGGGAAUUUUCUUCCUAAGGGCUCGUCUCGAUAAGCUGCCCGCACGGAGCCCCACCUUCCCGAAGCAGAUGUGCUCGUGAAUGGCUUCAACAUGAACGUAACCUUGGGGACUCCCGCGAGAACGUGGUGUUAGGACAGUUACUGUCGGUCAACUACAACAACUUCGAGACAGAUCCAC